ACGGAGGGAAAAAUAAGUAGACGAGUGACAGAAAGCAGCGAAGAAGAGUUAAAUGCCGGAGUAAACAUGGCUUCGUCCGUUGGCUGUCAGCAUUAUGUACGUAGCUGCCUCCUGAAAGCUCCAUGCUGUGGGAAACUGUAUGUGUGUCGGCUGUGCCACGAUGCAGAGGAGAACCACCAGAUGGACCGCUUCAAAGUCAGGGAAGUUUUUUGCUCAGCGUGUGACACCCUGCAGAAGGCUCAGAAGACCUGUCAGGAGUGUCACGCGCAGUUCGGGGAAUAUUACUGCGAUAUCUGUCACCUGUUUGACAAAGAUAAGAAGCAGUACCACUGUCAGCCUUGUGGAAUAUGCAGGAUUGGGCCCAAAGAGAAGUACUUUCAUUGUCAGAAGUGCAAUUUGUGUUUAGCCCAGGAUCUGCGAGGAAAUCACAAGUGUGUUGAGAAUGUAUCAAGGCAGAACUGCCCAGUGUGUAUGGAGGAUAUUCACACUUCCAGGAUUGGAGCUCACGUUCUUCCUUGCGGCCAUCUUUUACACAAGACCUGUUUUGAUGACAUGGUCAGAACAGGAGCGUACCGCUGCCCUCUGUGCAUGCAUUCUGCCUGGAACAUGGAGGAUCACUGGGAAAUAAUAGACAACGACAUUGCUCAGUCACCAAUGCCCACUGAAUACCAGGGUGCUACUGUCAAAGUCAUUUGUAAUGACUGCCAGUCCCACUGCACUGUGCCUUUUCAUGUGUUGGGGAUGAAGUGCGCUGAAUGUGGCUCCUACAACACAGCGCAGGAUGGAGGACUCAUCCAGCAGCAGCAUCACUCGGACUCGUACACGGAGAAUGAGCCUGAGCCACAGGAUCAACAUUAAUCCCAGAUGCCGCGUUAAAAGCCAGGAUGGAUGACUGUUGUGCUUCUGACAUUCUGGUAAUAUAAAAGCAAGGAAACCACAAACCGACGCUGUAUUCUACAUAUUAAGCAAGUAAACCCAUCCAUUCAUGUCCUCCAUCUCACCAAGCACGUGAGAUGAAGGAGGCAUCAGUGAUUGGUGUUUGUUGAAUCCUAGGAAUCUCUAAUUAAAGCCUACAGACAGUUUACAGUCACAGACCUGACCGCUUUUAGACUGGGACAAACUGGGGGUUCAUGCAGCUGACAGAAAAAAGGUACAGAAGCCUUUUUGCAGCCAGCUUCUUUAGCAGUGUGCAGCAACAUGUGUGGCAGGGGCUUAUGCUGCAUUUCUUUGUGCUCCAUACAGCCGAAGAAAAAUCCUCUCACUCCAGCACUAUCUCUGGAAUUAAAAGGCCCUUAAACACCAAUAUUUACUGUUGAAGUAAAACUUGUGAAAGUAAUAUUCAUAUGUACCAAAGCCUUUGAUGGUUCAUAUAUAGACUUGUACCUUGCCUUUGUUCCCAGUCCAGUUUGAUUGGGGAUUGUUUGAGCUGUAUGAAAAAGUUUCAAGUGUCAUAUUAUUGAGUAUUUAUUGCUUAAAAUCUAAUGGCUGUAGUUGGCGGUUGUUGCUGCUGUGAACAAUGCCCCAUAUCCAAGGGCACAUUUAAAAUUUGUAGCUACUAGCCUUUAUUAACUGUAAUGUAAGCCCCCUGUUAUCAUUACUUUAUUGGAUUCAACAUGAAUUGAAAGACACAUAUAUGUAAGUACAGUAUUUUUAUUUUUAUUUUUUACUUUUUAAGCAUUUGAGGUGUUGUCUUUUUAUGUGUUAAUUCAACUAAUAAAGCGCUUCAGUUAUGUUAUACAUAA